GGGGAGUAGUAGUAAUGUGUUGGUGAGUGUUUGGAGAUACUGUGCACAUACUUGUCUUUGCCAAUAGUUUCAUAGUCUUUCACAACUACAUCAAUGAAAGAAGAGGAAUCCAAAGGGCUGCCUUUGAGGUCAAAUUCAAGGACCUGUAUUGCAAAAACAAUAAAUACGGCCACACUGCAAUACUGUAUCAUAGCCAAGGACAUUCUGCAAAGGAUACCUUGGGAAGUCUGAAUGGCUAGCUCAAAAACAGACAUGGAGAUAAACAAAUUGAAAAAAGAAAAUGCCUUUCUCCGGAAGUCUCUGGAUGAACUUGCUCGUAAAAAGGGAGAGCCAUCAGAUUCCGAAAAUAAUCAACUUUUACUAGAGAGAAUUAUAUCACUGGAGACUCUGCGUGAGAGGAACUCCCAACAGUUGUUGUCUAAGGAUGAGGAGAUAGCAUCUUUGCGGAGGCAUUUGCGUGUGACUGGUGGGGAAACCGUUGCCCAUCUACAGGCCCAGAUAGACCACUACCACAAGGAAGCAGAGCAGAGAGAGAGACUAUUCCAGUCCCUCCAAGCUGAAACUGAGGACAUCAAGAACAAGCUGGUGGCUGUGUCUACUAAGUGCCAGGAGCUGGAGGGAAAAAAUAGCUGCUCAUCAGAUGGUCAGGUAUGCUCCAGCACUGCUGCUGUGAUCCAUGAGCAUCUCAGGGAUGCUCUGGACAAGAACCAGCAGUGGCUGGCUUACGACCAGCAGAGAGAGGCCUAUGUGAAGGCGGCUCUGGCCAGGGUGUUUGGACUGGAGCAGCAGCUGAACCAGGCCAAGCAGGCUCUCACACAGAAGCACAAUGAGGCCCAUUCAGACGGUGAGUCAGGGACAGUGGGCAGUGGACACCCACUCCUGGGGCAUCUGCACACUCUGGCCAUAAUAGUCUGUCAAAACAAGGUCCUCAAGACGAUUGAAUUGGUCAGAAAGCUUAUUCAGGCCCCUUUGGCACCUAUUAUAUUUAAUGCCAUGCACCCUUUAGAGAGGAAGUUAGUCCAAAUGCAGGAACACUAUGAGAAGCUGGUCCUGACGGCCAAGAGAGAGCGGGAGGCUGAGAGGGAGCAUGUCAAAACCACCCAGAGAGAACUGAAUGAUCUGCAGAGGAGGUGCGAGGAGAAGCAGAGGGAGAUGGAGAAGGCCAAGCAGCAUCUCCAGGAAGAGAGGCUGAACAGCAAGAGGAGUAUCCAGGAGGAGAGGCGUCGCUCUGGGGACAGAGAGAGUCGGCUGAGAGCCGAGGAAGAGGAGCUGGAGGCCAGGCUGGAGGGGGAAAUGCGUAGGUCUGCUGAGCUUCUGCUGCAGGUCAAUCUUCUCCAGAAGUCGCUUUUGAGUCAACAUGAAGACCAGAAUAAGAUCUCUGUUCUUGAACAGCAGAUCCAGGUGUCUGCCAAAGACUUGGAGGAUGAGAAGAAAGAUUGCCAGUAUUUACAAAAGCAGCUGCACAAAGUGUUGAAAGAACUACGCAAAACAAAAGACCACGCUGCCCAACUGGAGUCAGAGAGAGAGCAGUGGGAGUCAAGACCAUACAAGGUUGCAGCUCACGGCAGACCCUCUCCCUCCAAGCUCCCGAGGGACACAGUAAUCUCCCCGUCUCGUCCACCCAACCAGCUGGAUGAAAGCUUCCUGGAGUGUCCUAGCUGCAGGACCCAGUACUCCACCAGCGAGCACCGGGAACUACUCGCUCACAUAGACCACUGUCUGGGCUGACCACAGCUCAUGAGUUUGUGUGUGUGUGUAUAUAUUUAGCAGUAUAUACAGUAUAUUCUAGCUAUUUCUCUUGUUUUAGUUAUGUAUUACAUUUGUAAACUAUUCCACAGGCUUGAAACAUCCAGCUAAAACAAUAAUAGUGUUGUGGUUAACUGUAAAUAGUUGUUUUCCUCAAGUCUUCAUGACAUUUAUUUUCAACUUUACAGUUAGAAAUGAAUGAAAGACCUUUAUUUCUGACCACACUGUUGGGUAAGGAUCCUGUUGGGAUCUGUUUUUUUACUUAAGGAGAAAUAUCCUUAGGAAGUUGGCAAUUAAACACUGUUCCUGCU